AUGGGACGACUGUUUAAUCCGCGACAACCUCAGGCAUCGUCAGCUAUACCAGUGCUACCCCAGGAAAUAGUUAAUCUUGUCAUCGACGAGGUCGCGUCAUCCCUUCAAUCAUCUACGGAACCAAGACGUGCCGCACUUUCUACUCUCAAGGCUUGUACCCUCGUGUCCCACUCUUUUCGACAACAAGCUCGGAAGCACCUUUUUUCUCAAGUUCACGUUCGCAUCGACAAGCAUGGUCAUCAACACAAUGGCCGAAUUCAGAGUUUAGGCAUGGCGGAAAGUGACGGGGUAGUCCAUUUUUUCCGAACCCUGAUCUUCACUGUCGACCUACCUUUCAGGAAAAAAUCAUUCGUAAACCUACCCUUCAGUGGCACAGGGGCUAUUAAACCCAAGACGUCUCGGUGGUCGGUCCUUCGGUUUGUCGAUGUUUUUCGCCUACGAGGCACAGACGCGGCGAAUACGAUUGCCGCCUUGAACACGGCCUGUUUGCACACUUUGGAAAUUGUUGGAAGGCAAUCUUUCUACGUAUGGGACUGUAACGGCAAAAUAGGUCACGGAUUGGGUGAUAUAUGCGCCAAAGAAACGCUCAGAUCUUUGCGAAUCAGUAAAGUCGUGGCGCUUCCGUCUUCUAUUUUAAAGGAUGCCAUUCAGUCGACCCAUUUAUACAAUUUGACCCUCUCUCAAAUCAGCAUAGCCAACAUUCAAUCAGACCAUCCAGAUUCUAGCUACGGACAAGGCACCUCAUCGGGACGAGUCUCUCAUCUUGGACAACUCGAAGCUACAGGCUUCUCGUGUUCAGCUCUCCUCAAUAUCUUGAAAUGCGAUGGGCAUGCUUCGACGCCGAGAUAUGUUACAUUCCCCUACUUGCGAAAGUUGGCGAUAUCUGUCCCAACCCUUCCCUCGGAAAUGGACGAGCUUUGGAGUUUUCUGCAACAUAUUUCUCAAACGUUGGAAUGCCUUGAAUUACAGCAGUACAAAUGGUCAAUGUAUGACGCCCUUUCCCAGGGUUCAUUUCGUCUCAGCGAUUUAAGUUCGUUGUGUUCUCUGAAAAUCUGCACGACUUCCUUCGACAUCGGUAAAAACUUCUGCACAAAGCAAGAAAUGAUAGCAAAGCUCCUUGGAUCGGAUACCGCGGCGAAUACGUUAACCGUAAAGCACAUACGUAGGGACUCCAACCUGACCUGGAGAGAUCUAGGUCCGCUAUCUGGGUGGGAGGCAAUCGAUACUGCCCUGUUUACUUCUGCAUUUCCAAACCUGAAGGAAUUUAUUUUCAAUCUUAAAUUGUUUUAUUACAUCAAGGACACCGACUCUUCCUCGCCGCAGUCCCGACAAACAAGUUGA